AUGGCGGCGCCUGCGCUGAGGGACCCGGCUCAGGGCAGUGUGACCUUCGAGGAUGUUGCCGUGUACUUCUCCUGGGAGGAAUGGUGUCUUCUUGAUGAGGUUCAGAUACACCUGUACCUUGAUGUCAUGCUGGAGAACUUUGCACUUGUAUGCAUGCUGGAUGUGCAUCCCAAGCACCAGAAGCAGCACAUUAGAGAGAAACCCUUCAGCUGUGAUAUGGGGAGACCCGCAUUUUUCAAAAGCUGCACAAUCCAUGCAACAGGGAAUCUCUCUACCUACAUGGAGACUGGGAACAACUAUGUGGCCAAAAUUGGACUUCAGAAACAGGUCACUAAUACCAUGAAGAAACUGAAGAACAGUAAGGAGUGUGAAUCUGUUUUUGACAGUGGAAAAUGUCAUCACAGCUGGGGAGAAGGCAACAAAUUCUCCAGCCACACAGAAAUACUUGUUCAGUCUGAGAGAGUCCUCACUUGUGAAAGGCCUUAUGAAUGCAGCCAAUGUGGAAAAUUUUUUACCCACAAAUCUAGUUUCCUUACACAUCAGAGAGUUCACAGUGGGGAAAGGCCUUAUGAGUGCAGUGAAUGUGGAAAAUCUUUUACUACUAGGUCUGGCCUCUAUUAUCAUCUGCGAGUUCACACUGGAGAAAGGCCUUAUGAGUGCAGUGAAUGUGGGAAAUCUUUUAGUAAUAGGUCAAUCCUUUGUAAUCAUCAGAGAGUUCACAGUGGAGAAAAGCCUUUUGAGUGCAGUGAAUGUGGGAAAUUCUUUAGCCGAAACGGACACCUCAGUGCCCAUAAGAAAGUUCAUACUGGAGAAAAGCCUUAUGAAUGCAAUAAGUGUGGAAAAUUUUUUACUGCUAAGACGAGCCUUCAUUACCAUCAGCGAAUUCACAGUGGAGAAAAGCCUUAUGAGUGUAGUCAAUGUGGGAAAUCUUUUACUACUAGCUCUGGUUUCUAUUAUCAUCAGAGAGUUCACAGUGGAGAAAGGCCUUAUGAGUGCAGUGAAUGUGGGAAAUCUUUUACUAGUAGUUCUGGUCUCUAUUAUCAUCAGAGAGUUCACAGUGGAGAAAGGCCUUAUGAGUGCAGUGAAUGUGGGAAAUCUUUUACUAGUAGUUCUGGUCUCUAUUAUCAUCAGAGAGUUCACAGUGGAGAAAGGCCUUAUGAGUGCAGUGAAUGUGGGAAAUCUUUUACUAGUAGUUCUGGUCUCUAUUAUCAUCAGAGAGUUCACAGUGGAGAAAGGCCUUAUGAGUGCAGUGAAUGUGGGAAAUCUUUUACUAGUAGUUCUGGUCUCUAUUAUCAUCAGAGAGUUCACAGUGGAGAAAGGCCUUAUGAGUGCAGUGAAUGUGGGAAAUCUUUUACUACUAGUUCUGCUCUCUAUUAUCAUCAGAGAGUUCACAGUGGAGAAAGGCCUUAUGAGUGCAGUGAAUGUGGUAAGUGUUUUACUGGUAGCUCAAGCCUUAAUCGUCAUCAGAGAGUUCACAGUGGAGAAAGGCCUUAUGAGUGCAUUGCAUGUGGGAAAUGUUUUAGUAUUGUAUCUGAUCUUUAUGUUCAUCAGAGAAUUCACACAGGAGAAAGGCCUUAUAAGUGCAAUGAAUGUGGGAAAUGUUUUACUGAUAGGUCAAGCCUUCGUUGUCAUCAGAGAGUUCACACUGGAGAAAGGCCUUAUGAGUGCACUGAAUGUGGGAAAUCCUUUAGCCGAAGACAGCUACUCUAUAUCCAUAGGAAAAUCCACACUGGAGAAAAGCCUUGUGAGUGA